UCUCCCAUGGCAGAAAUGCUAACUAAACUAUGGUCAGCAAUCGGAGGCCUAAUGCUCGCCUACACCAUGCUCCAAAACUUCUUCCCUCACGAAAUCACCACCCCCAUCAAACACUACUCCAAAAAGCUCCUCAACUUCUUCUACCCUUACAUCACCAUCAACUUCCCCGAAUACGAAGCCGACGACGCCUUCCAGCGCAGCUCCUCCUACGCCUCCAUCAAGCGCUACCUCAACGCCCGCUCUGCCUCCCAGGCCAAGCACCUCCAAGCCUCUGUCGCCCCCGACUCCGAGGCCGUGGUCCUCGCCAUGGCCCCCAACUCCAGCGAGGAGGUCGCCGACGUCUUUGAAAACAUCAAGCUCUGGUGGUCCUCCGGCGAGACCCAGCCGUCCAGCCACACCAUCACGUUCGGGCCCCGGGAGGCCGAGAAGCGAUUCUUCUCCCUCACCUUCCACAUCCGCCACCGUGAUGCUAUCUGCGACCGCUAUUUAAAGCACGUGCUCGAGCAAGGGAAGGAGAUCGCCGUUAUGGAGAGGAAGAGGAAGCUGUUUACUAAUAAUAGGGACAACGAAGGCGGCGGCGGCCCCAACUUCGGGCGGCGGAGGAGUUUGUGGAGUGAGGUGGUGUUUGACCACCCUGCCACAUUCGAAACCCUAGCUAUGGAUCCUGAGAAAAAGAAAGGAAUAAUCGAUGAUUUAACCAAUUUCUCGGAAUCAAAGGAUUACUAUAAAUCAGUGGGGAAGGCGUGGAAGAGAGGCUAUCUCCUGUACGGCCCGCCCGGGACGGGGAAGUCCACCAUGAUCGCCGCGAUGGCGAAUCUGUUACAAUACGACGUGUAUGAUCUGGAGCUGACAGCGGUGAAGGACAAUACUGAGUUGAGGAGGCUCCUCAUUGACACUUCCGGUAAAUCGAUUAUGGUGAUCGAGGAUAUCGACUGCUCGCUGGUGGUGACAGGGCAGAGGGAGAAGAAGGAAAGGGAUGAGAAGAAGGAAGAGGAGGAGAAGGAUCCGAUGAAGAAGAUGAUGAUGAUGGGGAAGGAGAGGAAGGAGAGCGAGGUGACGCUGUCGGGGCUGCUGAAUUUUAUAGACGGGCUGUGGUCGGCGUGCGGAGGGGAGAGGAUCAUCGUGUUCACGACCAACUAUGUGGAGAAGCUGGAUGCGGCGCUGAUUCGGAGAGGGAGGAUGGACCAGCACAUUGAGCUGUCUUACUGUGGAUUUGAGGCGUUUAGGGUUUUGGCGAAGAAUUAUUUGGGUUUGGAGGAGCAUGAUUUGUUUGGGAGGAUUGAGGAGCUGUUGGGGGAGACGAAGAUGACGCCGGCGGAUGUGGCGGAGAAUUUGAUGCCUAAAGUGAAGGGUGAGGAUAAGGAUGGGUGUUUGAUGAGAUUGGUGGGGGCGUUGGAAGAGGCCAAGGUUAAAGCGGAGGAGGAAGAGAAGGUCAUGGCUCAGAAAUUAGCUGAAGACGAAGAAGAGAAGAAGAAAAAGGCUGAAGAAGAAGAGGAGGAGAAGAAAGAAAAUGGCGUUGCAGAAAUACAAGGCUAGCAGCAGCAAAAAAAUUAGGAUGUUUAGGGAGUACUGAGUAGUAUAUGUUUGAAUUUAGUGACGUCAGUGUGGAUGCGUAAAAUUAAAAGCAUGAGUUGACUAAAUAUUAUACUGUUGGUUAAGCA